AUUCUUCUGUGCCCAGCAGGAGCUCUGUAAUAAAUAUCGCGAGUAAUAUUCUGAUGGCUCUACUUCGUGAAUCGUGUUCGAAAGUGGUAUAAAGGAACCCGAAUCCGUCCCUUUGUGUGUCAACUUUCCAGUUUUUUUUUUUUUUACAUAAAUUUUUUUUAACGUUCUUUCGACUCCUUUUAUGUGGAAAAAUGUGUCGGGUUUUCCUAAUUCUAAUAAGUACUUUCGUGUUGCGUCUAAUAUUGUGCGUCGGUUAUGUGGUUGGUCUGUACGAAUCUGCGCCGCACAUUAUCGUGUUUAUGGUCGACGACUUGGGAUGGUACGAUGUCGGCUUUCACGGAUCGAAUCAGAUACCAACGCCUAACAUCGACGCACUUGGCUACAAUGGAAUUAUAUUAAACAGACACUACGUUUUACCAUCUAGCACGCCAUCUAGGACAGCUUUUUUUACCGGACUGUAUCCAAUACGUAUUGGGAUGCAAGGGGAUGGAAUACGCGGUGGUGAACCACGUGGUCUGCCGUUGAAUAUAAAAAUUUUACCGGAAUACCUACGAGGAUUAGGAUACACCACGAAACUGAUUGGAAAGUGGCAUAUGGGAUACCAUACGCCUCAAUAUACACCAUUGCACAGAGGCUUCGAUUCCUUCCUUGGAUUCUACAAUAGUCACAUCACUUACUACGAUUACAAAUAUUCGAAUCAGAACAUGAGCGGAUACGACAUGCACCGAGGAGACGAUCCAGCCCACGGAAUAAAUCGCGAAUACGCAACAGACUUAUUCACCGACGAGGCAAUUAAAAUAAUCGAAAAUCACGAGCUUCCCAGACCCCUUUAUCUCCACAUAUCUCAUCUCGCUGUCCACGCGCCUUUGGAACAACCUACGGGCCAAUACAACGAUAAGGAGUUCAGCGAAAUUAGCGAACCAAAUCGUCGCAAAUACGCUAAAAUGGUAUCGAAACUGGAUGAUUCGGUCGGGCAUAUCUUUCACGCGUUAGGCGACAAAGGAAUGCUCGGGGACUCCUUGAUUUUGUUUCUCACAGAUAAUGGUGCAGCGUCCAUCGGUAGAUACAGAAAUUGGGGUUCAAACUACCCCUUAAGAGGGACGAAGUACACAUUGUACGAGGGAGGCGUGAGAGGGGUCGCGGCGUUAUGGUCGCCAAGGAUCCAGAAAGCAGCACGCGUUUCGAACCAACUGGUCCACAUAACGGAUUGGUUGCCGAUUCUCUACUCAGCGGCCGGCGGUGAUCUGAAAGAUUUAGGCGAGAUCGACGGCAUCGACCAAUGGCGUGUCCUGAGCGAAGGGAUCGGGCGCGGCAGAGACAAGCUUUUAUUAAACAUCGACGAAGUUUAUAAAACCGAGGGGGCGAUAUACAGUCGGUUCAAGCUAUUACGAGGUUCGUUCAAUCGCGGCUAUUACGAUGGAUAUUACGGUGAUUUCGGGAUAACGUUGGAGACAGUGCCCUAUACGGACCUCGUGCUGGAUAGUUCUGUCUCUCAAGAUAUCACCUUUCAUUUAGGGGGUCCAGUUACACAACCGAGUACAAUGAAACAAUUACGGCACGAAGCAACGGUCUACUGCCGUCCAAAUAUGACGCACUCUAGCAGACACGUGUUCACCACGUGCAACGUUACCGAAUGUUUGUUCGAUAUAGCUACCGAUCCGUGCGAAACGAACAACAUUGCCUUAUUGUAUCCCAGGAUCGCGCGUGACUUGGAUCUUUAUCUGGAAAGUUAUGGACGUAUCUUAGUAUCGCAAGUCAAAUUACCCAUAGAUUGGUUCGCCGAUCCAAGAAGAAGAAACAACACGUGGGAACCGUGGAUGAACUCGGGGGCUACGAUGCACGUUCCUAACGCCGCGGCAGUAUUCGGACACUUGGUGUACUGCAUCCACGCUUCAAUCAUAUUUAUUUCGAUGUUGUUGAAUAGUAUAGUUUGACUCGAAAUGAUUUAGGGUUGGCUGAUAAACCAUAGCAAUGAAUGUGAUUAGCGAGGUACAAAUUGAAACGAAUAAGUUCAUUUCUCCGACGUCACGAAACAAUAACUUGUAUAUUUUUGAAGUAGUACCUUUUAACGAACGAUAUUCAUUAUAUUUGUUAUAACUUAAAUUAUUGUAACGAUUAAUUUAAUUGCGUUUAAUAUUUACGUGAAAUCAAAUGUAAAAUAUUUUAUACUAUCGAGCACCGCGUUUGCGUAAUAAACAUCAAAUAUAAUUACGUUAUCAUUCGUUUCUAAAUCUGUCGGUAACUUUGCAAAUGACACGAAAAUGGUAAUGGGGUUUCGAGGCCCCAGAAAAAUGGGUUGAAAAAAUACUCUGGAUGAAAGAUCCAUGCCUCGUCAGAACAGAAAGAAUAAAACAACAGAUCGAAUUAAAUCGUUCGUACAUAUUCAUAUUUUUCAGAUUUCACAGUACGAUUCGUUAUCGUUAUUGUUUGUUCAAAGAUAUCGAUAAUUGUGUCGUUUCUUUAAAUCUCAGAGAAGAUUGCAGCGAUCUGUGUUAUCUCACGUCAAUAUUGGCGUAGUUACCAAGCUAAUCUAUUCAAGAUAUCUCCUUUUAUUAAAACCGAGCCAGUAUUU